CUCUCAUCAAUCCUCUCCCCUCAUUCUCCAAGUAGAGAGAUCUCGGCUCGAUAUCUUUUCGGGUCCCUCCAACGAUCUACCCCUCAUAGUAUUUCUCCCCCCCGCGUUCUUCCUCAGAUUCCCGUUCCGAAACCGGGAGAUUUUCUUCCCCUCCGCGAGCUGUCCGGCGGAAAGCUAUUCUUCGUCUCCGCGAGCUAAAGAACAUCUUGUCUCUCUCUCUCUUUUCUCCCUCUCCGCUCAUUCUUCCUCUAUCCCCCCCUCCUCCUAACCACCUCCUCCACCUUUCACAUCACCUCCCACCAUGGCGGCUCCGUUUCGUCAGCCUGAGGAGGCGGUCGAUGACACCGAGUUCAUCGAUGACCACCAUGAACACCUCCGCGAUACCGUGCACCAUCGGUUACGCGCCAAUUCGUCCAUCAUGCACUUCCAGAAGAUCCUCGUCGCCAACCGUGGCGAGAUCCCCAUUCGUAUCUUCAGAACAGCCCACGAGCUGUCCUUGCAGACGGUUGCUAUCUACUCCCAUGAAGAUCGUCUGUCAAUGCACCGCCAAAAGGCCGACGAGGCCUACAUGAUUGGCCACCGCGGUCAGUACACCCCUGUCGGUGCGUACCUGGCGGGCGAUGAGAUCAUCAAGAUCGCCCUGGAGCACGGUGUCCAGCUGAUCCACCCGGGCUACGGCUUCUUGUCCGAGAAUGCCGACUUCGCCCGCAAGGUUGAGGACGCCGGUAUGGUCUUUGUGGGUCCCACUCCCGAGACCAUUGACAGCUUGGGUGAUAAGGUGUCCGCCCGUCGGCUGGCCAUCAGCAGCCAGGUGCCUGUCGUCCCCGGUACCGAGGGCCCAGUUGAGCGCUAUGAGGAGGUCAAGGAGUUCACAGACACCUAUGGCUUCCCUAUCAUCAUCAAGGCUGCCUUUGGUGGUGGUGGUCGUGGUAUGCGUGUGGUCCGUGGCCAAGACGAGCUGCGUGACUCGUUCGAGCGGGCCACCUCCGAGGCCCGCUCUGCCUUCGGCAAUGGCACCGUCUUCGUCGAGCGCUUCCUCGACAAACCCAAGCACAUUGAAGUCCAGCUUCUGGGUGACAGCCACGGCAAUGUUGUCCAUCUGUUUGAGCGUGAUUGCUCCGUGCAGCGUCGUCACCAGAAGGUCGUCGAAGUCGCUCCUGCCAAGGACCUCCCCGCCGAUGUCCGUGACCGCAUCCUGGCGGAUGCCGUGAAGCUGGCCAAGUCCGUCAACUACCGCAACGCCGGUACAGCUGAGUUCCUGGUGGACCAGCAGAACCGCCACUACUUCAUUGAAAUCAACCCUCGCAUUCAAGUCGAGCACACCAUCACCGAAGAGAUCACCGGUAUCGAUAUCGUCGCUGCACAGAUCCAGAUUGCUGCUGGUGCUAGCCUCGAGCAACUGGGCUUGACCCAGGACCGCAUCUCCGCCCGCGGAUUUGCCAUUCAAUGCCGUAUUACCACGGAAGACCCCGCCAAGGGAUUCUCGCCGGAUACCGGCAAGAUUGAGGUUUAUCGUUCCGCUGGUGGUAACGGUGUCCGUCUGGACGGUGGUAACGGUUUUGCUGGUGCUAUUAUCACCCCUCACUACGACUCCAUGCUGGUCAAGUGUACCUGCCGUGGUUCGACUUAUGAAAUCGCUCGUCGUAAGGUUGUGCGUGCUUUGGUCGAGUUCCGUAUUCGUGGUGUGAAGACCAACAUUCCCUUCCUCACUUCGCUUCUGAGCCACCCUACCUUCGUCGACGGAAACUGCUGGACCACUUUCAUCGACGACACCCCCGAAUUGUUCUCUCUCGUCGGCAGCCAGAACCGUGCCCAGAAGCUGCUCGCAUACCUCGGUGAUGUGGCUGUCAACGGCAGUAGCAUCAAGGGCCAGAUUGGCGAGCCCAAGCUCAAGGGCGAUGUCAUCAAGCCGACACUGUUCGAUGCCGAGGGCAAGCCGCUCGAUGUUUCCGCCCCCUGCACCAAGGGUUGGAAGCAGAUCCUCGACCGGGAGGGUCCGGCUGCCUUUGCGAAGGCCGUGCGUGCCAACAAGGGCUGCUUGAUCAUGGAUACUACCUGGCGUGAUGCCCACCAGUCUUUGCUGGCCACCCGUGUGCGUACCAUCGACUUGUUGAACAUCGCCCAUGAGACCAGCUACGCCUACUCCAACGCGUACAGUUUGGAAUGUUGGGGUGGUGCCACUUUCGAUGUGGCCAUGCGUUUCCUCUACGAGGACCCCUGGGACCGUCUGCGCAAGAUGCGUAAGGCCGUUCCUAACAUCCCCUUCCAGAUGUUGCUCCGUGGUGCCAACGGUGUCGCCUACUCUUCCCUUCCGGACAACGCCAUCUACCACUUCUGUAAGCAGGCCAAGAAGUGUGGUGUCGACAUCUUCCGUGUCUUCGACGCUCUCAACGACGUCGAUCAGCUCGAGGUCGGAAUCAAGGCUGUUCACGCUGCCGAGGGUGUUGUCGAGGCCACCAUGUGCUACAGCGGUGACAUGCUGAACCCCCAGAAGAAGUACAACCUGGAGUACUACAUGGCUUUGGUGGAUAAGAUUGUUGCCAUGAAGCCUCACAUCCUUGGUAUCAAGGAUAUGGCCGGUGUGCUGAAGCCUCAGGCCGCGCGCCUGUUGGUGGGCUCCAUCCGCCAGCGCUACCCUGACCUCCCCAUCCACGUCCACACCCACGACUCCGCUGGAACCGGUGUGGCUUCCAUGAUCGCCUGUGCCCAGGCAGGUGCCGAUGCUGUGGAUGCCGCAACCGACAGCAUGUCUGGUAUGACCUCCCAGCCUAGCAUUGGUGCUAUUUUGGCCUCCCUCGAGGGCACUGAGCAGGACCCCGGUCUCAACCUGGCCCACGUGCGCGCUAUCGAUAGCUACUGGGCACAGCUGCGCUUGCUCUACUCGCCCUUCGAGGCGGGUCUCACUGGCCCCGACCCCGAGGUCUAUGAGCACGAGAUCCCUGGUGGUCAGUUGACCAACCUCAUCUUCCAGGCCAGUCAGCUCGGCUUGGGUCAACAGUGGGCCGAGACCAAGAAGGCCUACGAGGCGGCCAAUGAUCUGCUCGGCGACAUUGUGAAGGUCACUCCCACCUCCAAGGUGGUCGGUGACUUGGCUCAGUUCAUGGUCUCGAACAAGCUGACUCCAGAGGAUGUUGUUGCGCGCGCUGGUGAACUGGACUUCCCUGGCUCUGUGCUUGAAUUCCUCGAAGGUCUCAUGGGACAGCCCUUCGGUGGAUUCCCUGAGCCACUGCGCUCCCGCGCCCUGCGCGACCGCCGUAAGCUCGAGAAGCGUCCAGGUCUCUACCUCGAGCCUUUGGAUCUGGCUAAGAUCAAGAGCCAGAUUCGGGAAAAGUUCGGUGCUGCUACUGAGUACGACGUGGCCAGCUUCGCCAUGUACCCUAAGGUCUUCGAGGACUACAAGAAAUUCGUCCAGAAGUAUGGUGACCUCUCUGUUUUGCCUACCCGGUACUUCUUGGCCAAGCCUGAGAUUGGUGAGGAGUUCCACGUCGAGCUGGAGAAGGGUAAGGUGCUCAUUCUGAAGUUGUUGGCCAUCGGUCCUCUGUCCGAGCAGACCGGUCAGCGUGAGGUCUUCUACGAAGUCAACGGUGAAGUGCGCCAGGUCGCUGUCGAUGAUAACAAGGCCUCUGUGGACAACACCUCUCGCCCUAAGGCCGAUGUGGGUGACAGCAGCCAGGUCGGUGCUCCUAUGAGCGGUGUGGUUGUUGAGAUCCGUGUCCACGAUGGUCUGGAGGUUAAGAAGGGUGACCCACUUGCCGUCCUGAGUGCUAUGAAGAUGGAAAUGGUUAUUUCUGCUCCUCACAGCGGCAAGGUCUCCAGCCUGCUGGUCAAGGAGGGCGAUUCUGUGGACGGCCAGGAUCUCGUCUGCAAGAUCGUCAAAGCGUAAGCAGAUUAAAAGCUUAAAAGCAAAAAAUUCGAAAGAAAAAAAGAUGGCUACCAAAACAUGCCGCCAAGGUGCAUGAUGAAAUGAAUAUUUGGAUGUUUCAUGUUCAUAUUAGAGCGUUGUUUGUCCCUUGUUGGUAUUUUAUCUGGGUUGGGUUCAUGAUUUUCCUUUUCGAUAACAGGGGCCAAAAAAACAAUGGUCUCUUAGCCACUAUAUUUGAAUUGAGUGACUUAAUGAUUUCAUCUUAUU